UCAGGCAACCAACAUUACACCUAGUUGUUUUCACCCAUCGUAAUUUAUAAAAGUGAUCUUCAACAAGUAUUUGCGGAAUAAAGAAAUUAUUUAAAUAAUUAGUAGUUAUUUAAAGACAACACAAUGGGUUUCUUAUCAGUGCUACGCAAAAUGAAGCAAAAAGAGAAAGAGAUGCGUAUUUUAAUGCUAGGCCUUGACAAUGCUGGCAAGACAACAAUAUUGAAACGAUUUAACGGUGAAGAUAUAAAUACCAUCAGCCCAACUUUAGGUUUCAAUAUAAAAACACUAGAACAUAGAGGGUUUAAAUUAAAUUUGUGGGAUGUUGGAGGGCAGAAAUCAUUGAGAUCUUAUUGGAGGAAUUAUUUUGAAUGUACUGAUGGCCUUAUUUGGGUUGUAGACAGUGCUGAUCGAAGAAGAUUAGAAGAUUGUAAGCAAGAACUACAUAUAUUACUGCAAGAAGAGAGAUUGGCUGGAGCUACUCUGUUAGUUUUGGCUAAUAAACAAGAUUUACCUGGUGCAUGUACAGCUGAUGAGCUGAAAGAUAUCUUGGAACUCGAUGAUAUCAAAACUCAUCAUUGGCAAAUUUUAAAAUGCAGCGCUGUGACAGGAGAAAACUUACUGAAUGGCAUUGACUGGAUCAUAAGUGAUAUUGCAGUUAGAAUCUUCACUCUUGAUUAAAUUUAUUAGUUUAUUAUAUUUGGACAUUUUGAUAUUAA